AUGUUUAUGACUAACACACAAUUCUUCUUUAAUCCAUAUUACCAGAGGUGUCAAGAUGAUGUGAGCUCUAGAAUGCCUGCCGUUAAAGACCUGGUCCCCAUUCUCCACAACCAGUCAGAGUACAUCCAGCACCUGGAGGCUGAGGUCAAGUUCUGCAAGGUCUGUCUGUCUGAUGAGCCCACCUCAGUCUCGCUACCACUGACUCUCAUUAAAGUUCUUACUCAAUUUGUUCACCAAUGGAUAUUCAUUACAUGUAAUGAAUUAUAGUGGUAGAUGUCCAUCUUGCUGGACAUUUAUAACCCACAACUGUGUGUAUGUCUGUGUAUCUGUUGUUGUUUGUGACUGUGCGUUGUUGUUGUUGGCAGGAGGAGCUUCUGGGGAUGAAACAGAGGAUAAGGGUGGUGGUGGUAGAGAAUGAGAAACUACAUAGAGAGAUCAAGUCCAAAAUGGGGGAAGAAACCCUGAAAGACUACACUCUCUUAGAUGGCACGGUAAUGUGUUUUCACAAUGAUGGUUCUGCGUUAAAAUUCCAUUCUGGAGAUAAGCAAAGUGCAGACACGACAGAAUAAACAAUUUUUCAUGAUUGUAUUCUCUCCUAGGUGAAUUCCGAGCCGUCCAGAGCAGACAAUUCUCAAAGAACAGCAUUUAUACCAGCUCACAGUGUCUUUCAACAAGCAGAGGAACACAAGUGGAAGAAAGAACUGGUAGGCCUGUAUGACUAUGGUCACCUCUCUCCUUCCAUACUGAGUACUGCAGCUGACAGAAUUUCUACAUGUAAAUAAAGCUUUUAGUACCCUAGGUUUUACAUUUUUAAAUUACUUGAGAGUAAUGUUGACAGCUAAUCUCCUCUCCAACAUCACAUUUUCAUCUUGGCCUCAGGAGCAGCUCAAAUCCCUCUAUCUAGCCCAGACAGAGACACUGGAAGCUCAAGUAAGGUCACUGAAGUAAGUGAACUGUAGGACUUUACAGAUCAGCAUUAAUUCACAGAGAUCUUGCAUAUCUGAUUAAUCAGGGUUUAAUUUUUCAUCAGCGUCUAUUCGUGCAUUCUGUUUUUCCUGAUAUUCUAUGUUGUUUUGAUCACCUCCAUUCAGGAAGGACCUGGCCAGCAGUCAGAAGGAGUGUGAAGAAGUCAAAGGUCGUCUGAGACAUAAGGAAGCGAUGGCAGCGGCGGGCAGUGCCAAGCAGUGCGUAGGCGGCCUCUGUCUGAAGUGUGCCCAGAAUGAGGCCGUGCUGGCAGAGACACACUCCAACAUGCACAUCCAGGCCAUUGAGAGACUCACCAAGUCAGUGAUCAUGCAUUUUUCUCCUUUUCUCCUGAUGUUUUGUCCUUUAUUGAUUAGAGAGUAGUUGGGUUCCUUCAAGGUCUCUUCCCCCUCAUACCACCAAACUACCAAGGGCCAUUUUUCCUAUCCAGUACGCCUAAGGCUUUGCCAUUGAUCACACUUUAUUUAUUCCCUUGUUCAUUGGUUGGUCAGUGCCUCUGAGCUAUGUCAAAGGAAGAAUGUUCACAUUGAGAUGUCAUCUCAAUCAAUCCAGUUGGCAUAUUCUGACAAAGCAAUCAAUUUUCCAUCCCCUUUAGCAAGGUUGUCAGUAAUUCAGUCUCCAUGUCAAUCACAAAUGACAAAUCUGGCUUUGAUAGGGCAUGGCAUGUCUACAAGUGACAAUGUGAUAAUUAGUAUCCUUACACCAGAAUGAUUAUUGAUGAACAGAGCUUUUAUUUGCCCACAAUGAAAUGAAAAUGUGUGUGUGCGUGUCCCACAGAGAGCGUGAUGAGCUGAUGAGUGUGCUGUGCUCUUUGAGGGCCAGUCAGAGUGAGGCCCAGCAGAGGGAGUGGGCAGCCUACCAGCAGGUCAAACAGGCUGUAGAGAUGGCUGAGGAGGCCAACCUGGAGAAGACCAGGGUGAGUUAGACAACCACUCACUCACGGAGCAUUACUGAGCAACAGUGACCUCUACUGGUCAGGCUGCUCAACUACACACUUUAAUGGCUUGGACCCAGGCCCCCAGUGUCUGGUCUGGAGCGUGAAGUCACAAGCUCUGCCAAAAGCCCUGGUCUGCCCUAGAAAGCCUAUGUAAAUUAUGAUCGCCAGAACAAACCCCAAAAAUAUUGACGGACGUUUUUAGGCUCUAAAAUGUGUUUAUUAUGAUCAAGUUUGAUCCCCACUGUGAAUUAUUUUAAAGUUUGCUACAAAUCGAGAUAUUUAAUGAAAUAGUCAUCCAUUCUGACUACUACAUUUGUCGAACACAGGACCACAUGCUGAAACAGACCAAUCAUGGGCCAGCAGGCUACGAGGAGGCUCCAUAGACAUUAAGGUUGACUCUCAGUCAGGAUGAAAACGACUACAUCGACCAUGAUCCUUUGCUAGUUAUGGCCACUUUCACCAUGUUACUUAGCUAUGUUUUGGGUGCCAUUGAGCAAUAUGGCACACUUCAAAUUCAAAUACUUCCGGCUUCAUGCGCCAUACGUGGAUGACGUCAGCGUUAUCACUAUCUACUGGUUUUAAUGUCUUUGCUUGGACCCUUUUGUAGGUGAUUAGUCUCUCUAGACAUCCGGGUUGCCUCCCUCAAUGUUCCAAUGUUUGUACAUAACACGUCUGUACAUAAUAGAACAUCAGUUUGGCAUAGAGGGACUACGUCACUGGCUACGCACUACCUUAUCUGCUUGAAUAAAAUACCAAAUAGUAGCUAGCAAGAUGGAGAUCACAGAGGUUAUUUUUAAUCACUGCAUUUCACAAGUGGCUAGUUUGCAUCAACUACCUUCACUAAAACCACUUUCGUUUAGAAUCGCGACGUUCUGGCAUGUCUUCCUUUUUUUCCCUUAUCAGACUGACCAAGAGAGUCUGUCAUAUCUAGCAGACUCUAGUCACUGCUGUUGCCUAGGGUCGGCUUUUCGAGACUAGUACAGUACCUGAUUAGAACUAUAAACUCUAUUUUACAAUAGUGAAUCUGAAAGGUUUAUAUGAUGCCGUACAUGUUUUCAAGAUAUAGAAGUGGUAAAAAUAAGAAAGGUAUUUUUUUUGUAAGACACUUGAAAUUCAUUUUUUGCUGUAUCCUCCUCCCUUUGACCCUUGUGUGUACCCGUCCGUGUCUGUACUGGUUUUGUCCUUCCUACAGGCGGUGGUGCAGUGUGAGGCAUUUGCCAGGGAGCUGGCCAGACAGAGAGAGAGGCUGGAGACUGAGAUGGCUGCAGAGCAGGAGAAAAUCUCUGAGGCCAGAGAGGGGGCACGCAACGAGGCCCGCAAGGAGAAGGAGGAACUGGCCCAAACGGUCUGUCCGUCUGCCUUUUAAUCUUUCAUUAAAGCAAAUUGAGAUAUGUUAAACUUUCUCUAUUUAUCCUAGUCACUAAUUGAAUGUUUUAUUAAGGUAAUACAAUAGCACCAAGCAUAAAAUAUAUUGAAGAUGCAGUAUUUUAGUAUUUAAAAACAAUAUAUUUUCUACGUAACUACUGUGUAAUGUAAAAAAAAUGUAAAAUGUACAGUGCCUUCGGAAAGUAUUCAGACCCCUUGACUUUUUCCACAUUUUGUUACGUUACAACCUUAAUCUAAAAUUGAUUUUAAAAAUCCUCAGCAAUCUAUACACAAUACCCCAUAAUGACAAAGCGAAAACAGGUUUUUAGAAAAUGUUGCUAAUUUAUAAAAAGUAAAAUAAAAGAAAGACCUUAUUUACAUAAGUAUUCAGACCCUUUGCUAUGAGACACGAAAUUGAGCUCAGGUGCAUCCUGUUUCCAUUGAUCAUCCUUGAGAUGUUUCUACAACUUGAUUGGAGUCCACCUGUGGUAAAUUCAAUUGAUUGGACAUGAUUUGGAAAGGCACACACCUGUCUAUAUAAGGUCCCACAGUUGACAGUGCAUGUCAGAGCAAAAACCAAGCCAUGAGGUCGAAGGAAUUGUCCGUAGAACACAGAGACAGGAUUGUGUCAAGGCACAGAUCUGGGGAAGGGUACCAAAACAUUUCUGCAGCAUUGAAGGUCCCCAAGAACACAGUGGACUCCAUCAUUCUUAAAUGGAAGAAGUUUGGAACCACCAAGACUCUUCCUAGAGCUGGCAGCCCGGCCAAACUGAGCAAUUGGGGGAGAAGGGCCUUGGUUAGGGAGGUGACCAAGAACCCAAUGGUCACUCUGACAGAGCUCCAGAGUUCAUCUGUGGAGAUGGGAGAACCUUCCAGAAGGACAACCAUCUCUGCAGCACUCCACCAACCAGGCCUUUAUGGUGGAGUGGGCACACGGAAGCCACUCCUCAGUAAAAGGCACAUGACAGCCCGCUUGGAGUUUGCCAAAAGGCACCUAAAGACUUUCAGACCAUGAGAAACAAGAUUCUCUGGUCUGAUGAAACCAAGAUUAAACUCUUUGGCCUGAAUGCCAAAUGUCACGUCUGGAGGAUACCUUGCACCAUCCCUACGGUGAAGCAUGGUGGUGGCAGCAUCAUGCUGUGGGGAUGUCUUUCAGCGGCAGGGACUUGGAGACUAGUCAGGAUCGAGGCAAAGAUUAAUGGAGCAAAGUACAGAGAGAUCCUUGAUGAAAACCUGCUCCAGAGCGCUCAGGACCUCAGACUGGGGUGAAGGUUCACCUUCCAACAGGACAACGACCCGAAGCACACAGCCAAGACAACGCAGGAGGGGCUUCGGGACAAGUCUCUGAAUGUCCUUGAGUGGCCCAGCCAGCCCGAUCUAACAUCUCUGGAGAGACCUGAAAAUAGCUGUGCAGCAACGCUCCCCAUCCAACCUGACAGAGCUUGAGAGGAUCUGCAAAGAAUGGGAGAAAAUCCCCAGAUACAGGUGUGCUAAGCUUGUAGCGUCAUACCCAAGAAGACUCGAGGCUGUAAUCGCUGCCAAAGGUGCUUCAACAAAGUACUGAGUAAAGGGUCUGAAUACUUAUGUAAAUGUGAUAUUUCCGUUUUUUAAAUAUACUUUUUAGCAAACAUUUCUAAAACCUGUUUUUGCUUUGUCAUUAUGGGUUAUUGUGUGUAGAUUGAUGAGGAGAAAAACCAAUUUAAUCAAUUUUAGAAUUACAUUUACAUUUUAGUCAUUUAGCAGACGCUCUUAUCCAGAGCGACUUACAGUUAGUGAGUGCAUAUAUUUUUCAUACUGGCCCCCCGUGCGAAUCGAAAAGGCUGUAACGUAACAAAAUGUGGAAAAAGUCAAGGGGUCUGAAUACUUUCCAAAGGCACUGUAUAUGUAACAAAAAAGCUGUAAACAUUUAAAACAAAGUUACUUUUGUCCUCUGAAGAGGGGAUGGGACAAUACAAAAAUAAAAAAUGGCCAUUGUGCUCAUAUUUGCCACCAUCUAGUGGAAUAACUACACAAAUACACCCAUGCAAAACGUGUAGCGCGUUCUUCCAGACAGUAGGAUUUCAGUUUGAUCAAUUUGGUUGUCUCCACUCCCAGGUGGCCAGCCUGUCCCAGAGGGUAGCAGAGCUGGAGGGUCAACUAGCCAGGGGGGUCAGAGAGAGGGGCUCCCUGAGCACCCAGCUGGACGAGACCCUACUCAAACUCACAUCGCAGGAGCAGGACACCAGCAAGGUACUGGAGCCACCUUACUACUGUACGACACCUAGAGAGGUUCCAGGGUUUAGCCUGUUGGUGUAGUGGCUAACGUGUUGAACUGGCAGUUUCAGACACAGACACCGUACAUGCUACUGCAGUCCCUAGAGGAGAGAGAUUUCAGUAACGUCUUUGUAAUGCAUUUUAAAGCCACUGGGUGGCACCAAAGCCUUGUCUAUAUCAACAUUUUAUUUGGAAGCAUCAAGCGCUAACCAUUCCAGUUCUAGGAGGCAGUUGGGUCGUUCCACCUCAAAAAGCAAAAUAAAUAGUAUUUCAACACCAACCAUCUCAGAUUGUUCUGAAAUGGUUUCUGUUGUUAAAACAGAUUAGCAUUCCUGCAACAUUAUUGUGUUGAAAUAUAAUUUGAUCUCUGAGAAAUUAAGCUAAUUGAUUGCAUCCAAAUUGGCCCUUUUAAUUUAUAGGAUUCGUAUAAUAUUCAAUAAAUAUAGUACCUAAGUAUUUUCUAACAAUGAGUUAGACAUGAGGAAUCCAAAGAAAUGGUUAAAAGCCACCGGUGGACCCUCCCACACCCCAUGCCAACAACAAGUAUAUAAUAAUAAUAAUAAUAAUAUGCCAUUUAGCAGACGCUUUUAUCCAAAGCGACUUAGUCAUAGUAUAAGUUUUUCUUUGUUUGACAACUAUGGAGCUGCGGCUCAGAGUAUUGUUUCUUCAUCCUAUGUAAUGUAUUCCCAGUGAAUUUGGUGCAAUUCGUUUUUUUAUUGUUUUUCUACAGGACUUCAUAAACAACACAAAAACUAAGCGCCCACUAUACAAAACAUCCUUUAAGGUGAUCAACACACUGUAUGGUUUCCAAAUUCUGUCAAAUAUUUUUGUUUGUUGUUUAACUUUAUAAUAUACCAAAUCUAAAGGGAUGUAACUAGAUAGUUAAUUCCUCCUGUUUGUUAUUGAGGGUGAAUAUGAGACUUUCCAAUUGAUGGCUAUAUAUGUUUUUGCAGCAAUUAGACCUAUAUUGCAAAAAUGUAUCUGAUGUUGAUCACCAAUAUUUACAUUUCCCAACAGACAUUAUCGUGAGAUGGUAGGAUAUAAAUUCCUAGACACAAUGAAAUGAUAGCACAUACAUUAUCCCAAAAUGGUGUCAGUUCAUAUCAUAAGACCACAGCAUAUGUAAUAGGAUUCCUUUGUGCUUGUUGCUCCUCCAACAGAUGUGACAUUUCUGGGUGCAUUACAUGCAUUCUGGCAGGAAUGUAGUAAGUCCUAUGAAUGAUCUUAAAUUGCAUUAGUUUAUGUCUUUAGGUUUUAAGAGCAGGUAUGAGCAUUUUCACAUAUCUGUGACCAAUGGUUCCUUAUAGGUUCUGAACCAUCAGGUAGAAUUUCAGUCAACCCUUGAUAUAACUUGGCAAUCAACUUCUUUGGCAUGGAAACUUCUUUCAGUAUUUUUUCUAUGCUUAUUCUGUUGAAGCGAUUGAAUAAGAUUUCUGCGUUUUAGGAAAUUAAAGAAAUGGGCCUUGGAUAAUCCAAAUCUUUCUUUUAAUUGAUUCAAUGACAGUAGAGAUCAUCAUAGUACACAUGUUCAAAAUUCACGAUGCCACUUGAAGGUGUUGUCAUUUAACACUGGAGGUAAGGUGGGGUUAUUCCAAAUAGGGGUGCCUGGCGAUAUUGGUUCUUUCCACCUCAUGAAUUUAUGUACAUUUUCCCAAACACGAGGGCGGCAGGUAGCUUAGUGGUUAAGAGCGUUGUGCCAGUAACCGAAAGGUCGCUGGUUCUAAUCCCCAAGCCGACUAGGUGAAAAAUCUGUCGAUGUGCCCUUGAGCAAGGCACUUAACCCUAAUUGCUCCUGUAAGUCGCUCUGGAUAAGAGCGUCUGCUAAAUAACCAAUUAUUAUUAUUAUAUAUAUUAUUAUUAUAUUACGAAUGGGAUUGAGAAUCAUUGGAUUGUCUGUUUUUUUUCUUCCAUGCCUUGGACCUGAAGUAGUGAAUAUAUUUUAGAUCAUAAGGUAUUACGUUUAUGGCUUCAAUACUCCUCCAUGCACAAGGAUAGUCUGCUGUCCAUUGUUUAAGUGGACACAGUUGUGCAGCCCAAUAAUACAUCUUCAUAUGAGGUAGUCCAAGACCUCCAGCUUUAUAGUGUAAGUGUAGAACAGUCAAUUUGACUCUUAAGGUCUUUCCAUUCCAAAUAAAGUUGGAGAGCAGGCCAUUUAUUUUAUUAAAACAUCACCAAAUUCACUAAGAAUACAUUACAUAGUAUGAAGAAACAAUACUCAGAGCCACAGCUCCAGACUACUUGUCAGACAUAGAGAACUGAUAUUUUAUACUCGUUGUUGGGAUUGGCGUGGGGGGUCCGUGGGUGGCUUUUGACAAUUUCUUUGGAUUCCUCACCUCUUACUCAUUGUUAGAAAAAAGUUUGGUCCAAAUUAGAUAAUGGGUACUAUAUUAUAUGAAUCUUAUAAAUUAAAAUGGCCAAUUUGGGUGGAAUCAAUUAGCUUAAUUUCUCAGAGAUCAAAUUAUAUUUCAACAAAAUAAUGUUGCAGGAAUGCUAAUAUUAUCUGUUUCUAAUUACUGAAACGAUUUCAGAACAAUCUGAGAUGGCAGGUGUCAUGGCUUGCAGUUGUGUAUUGAUGGGUAUAUCAUUACAACCAAUGCAAUCAUUAGCUACUGAUUCUGAAUGAAGACUGUGCAUUGAGCUCUAUUUAGGUCAACUUAAUCUUCUUAAUUCUGUUUAUUAUUACUGCUCAACAACAUUUAGUACUAUAUGUCAAAUUCCUGUACAUGCAAAUGUAUUUGGCGAAUAAGGUGAUUCUGAUUCUAAUGAAAGGGCUAUAGUAGAACACAACUAGGAGCAGACACAGAUGUCAAUUUCGACUGUGACCCCCUAUCCUUUCCUGCCUCCUGUGUGUCCAGGUGUGUGGGGAGCUGCGUUACCAGCUCAGCCAGGCUCAGCUGAAGAGAGAGGAGGCCGAGAGGGAGCUCAGAGACUGCAGCUCCAAGACAACACGGCAGCUAGAGAUGACUGAAGAGGUGAGGAGGCCGGCCACGGCAGGGACAAUGGAAAAAAAAUGGCACAAUCUUUUUAUUGACUGUGUCAGAUGUUAUGCCGGAACAUUUUAGAAAAUUGACUAUUCUCAGGUAUUUGUGUAAAACAUUGGCAGCCCCUCUCAAGCAACUCUGAGUCUCAGUAUUUCUGUUCUUAUUUGGGAUUGAUGAUUAAUCCUUAUUUGUCAUGUUGAAAACAUGGGAGUACUAGUCCUUGUUGGAGAACUUAGCAUAUUUGAGGUUGCAUGGUGUUGCCUCUAUUAUAUACAGGCAAAUAUUAUAGUGAAAAAGGGCACGGGUUAUGUAUUACGUAUAACUAACUCUGUCCCUCUCGCUCGCUGGGGGCAGGAAGUGGAGAAGCUGGGUGUGGAGCUGAGCGGCUGCCGGCAGCGUUUGGACAAGGCCCAGAGGGACGCGGAGCGACUGCAGGCGGAGGCUCUGAGCCUGACAGAGCGGCUGGGCCGAGCUGAGCACCAACUGCACCUCACCAGGUAA